AUGAGUCACUCAGGAGGAGCAAUGAAGCUGAUGAUGGUGAUGAUGGCCAUGGCCCUGCUCACCACAAGCCAUGGCAUUGACAUCCACAUCAACACCAGCUUCAUCACCGGUGGCCACUCUGCCUCCCGGUGCAACGGCCUCACCGACACGGCGUGCCGGAUUGCACACUCGGAGUUGGACUUUGACUUGGAGUUCAUGUUGGACUCAGAAUUCAGCAUAAGGCUCCUCGCGGAUGGCGGUUCCCACCACACCACCUCUGCAGCAAAACAACGGGGGAAAGCUGCGUCCUGCAACCGAUUUGAUGGACAAAACGAUCCCUGCCACGAUGAGAAAAACAAAAGUCCAAAACGAGAGCAAUGCAACGAAGCCACCAAUAGGGCUUGCUCCAGACAUCCCCCCAACAAAUAA